AUGACGUCAUCUACCAGUAAACCAAAAGUGCAGACUGAGGAGGAAAUAGUUGAAGGGUUCAAUCGUCUGCGUUAUGAGCAGAGGACAAUCGGUAGUAAAAUUAAUGAUCUAGAACUCGAUCAACGUGAGCACAAUAUGGUCAUCAAAGUGCUACAGUCUGUUGAACCUACUCGAAAGUGUAUGCGAAUGAUAGACAAUGUGUUAAUUGAACGCCAGGUGAAAGAUAUUCUUCCAGAUCUGGAAGCCAGUGUGCAAAAAAUGUCUGAGUGUAUUGAAACUUUGUCAAAACAGUUCGAGGCGAAAGGCCGUGAGCUCCAAAGAUAUAAAGCUGAGCAUAAGAUAAGAAUUGCUGGUGAAAAAGAGCCUUCAGAAUCAGAAAAGAAAAAUUCUGUGUCUUCGUCAUCAACAUCUGGCGUCCUGGUGUCCUGA